UACUGACUGAUCCAUGUGACUUUCAAGCCGAGAGGGCAUCAGUCCGUGUCAAGUCAGAGCCUACUCUAAUGAAGCAGUUACUAUUAGCCCAACCGGAUAUACGGGUUGAUUUGAUAAAUGAGUCUAUGGUAGUAUUGUCUUCUGGUAGUGUUCCCAUUAAACCUUUAGCUAACAGUCAGUUCUUUUCUGUCUCUUGCUCACUCACUAGUUCAAGUGGCUUGGGUGGAGGGACCACACCCAGUAUUAACGUAACACUAGCAGUACAAGAGAACAAAGAGAGUAGUGAGUCUCUUUCCCCAGUUCCGUCACUCAAGGAAGGACAAGAGGAGGAAGAUGGUCACAAUGUCUCCAGCUCUUCAUCUUCUGCCAGUUCUUCAACACCUCAACCUCCUCCCACUUCAAGUACUCUACCUGCUACAGCCCAGCCUCACUCAACUUCACAAUCCCCUGAUGAUAGACAUGCCUCAGCUAAGAGGAAUUUAGCACAAUCUUUUGAAGAAGUGUCUAGUUCAUCUCCACCAGGAGGGAGUUCCUCUUUCAAACCAUCGACUAGUCUAGCUUCUCCUCGCUCACUGAGUCCUCCGGUGACCACACCCACUGUAUCAUCUCCGCCCAGAAUAACCUUCACUUCUCCCAAGACGAGUCCUUUGCUGUUAUCCCAGUCUGUGGGAGGAGGAGGAGGGGGAGGACGAAAAGGAGGAGAGAAAAGAGUCAUGCAAUCGCAUCAGAAAUACUCUUCGCUCAUUGCUGGUUCCUCUCCUACUUCUUCUCCUCUUAAAACCAGCAAUGUAACACAGUCUGGAGGAGGUACUCUCUUGUUUGAUCAGUUGACAUCACGUCCCACUGGAGCUAAAGGAAGAGAGGUAGUGGCAGGUCCCACUACUAGAGGGACAGUCCCUCAUUCCUCUUCAGCCCCUAAGCCUCAGUUGGAAUAUCAAACUGCCAUGGAGCUUGAGUUGUGGAAAAUGCAACAAGAAGAGGAAUUUAUGAAAGGACUCAAGGAAAAAGAAGAAACUCAACUGAAGCUACUCGCAGAAGAAUUUCAAAAGAGAGACAAACAGAGAGAAGACGUUUUAAAACAAAAAAUGGAUUAUUAUCAAAGUCUUGAGGGACAGCUGGCAAGAACUCUUAAAGAGUUAGAGUCCCAGAGGCAGAAACUGAAGGCAAGAGAGCAAGACAUGGUCUCCACACAAAGAAGACUUGAAGAUGAACGAAGGUCUCUUCAGUAUGAUGCUAAACGGGAGAAAGGACUGCUACAGUCUGAACUAGAGGGAAACCUUCAAAUUGAAAAACUCAAAUCAAAGGAACUCGCCAUUCAGUUGGACAGAACGAGGAGACAGGUCAGUGAGCUAGAGAAUAGGCUCCUUCAGAGAGAAGCUGAGUUUGAAAUGUAUAAAGACAAGAUUCAUUCACAAUCAUCGGAGACACAGCUACAAACAGAACUGGGGCUAUUGAAACUAGAGAAGGCUGAAUUGGAACACAAGCUAGAAACAGCGACAAAGUCAAAGCAGCAUUACAAAGAUGAAUGGAGCAAGGCACUAAAGGAGGUAGCAUCACUGAAGCACAGGGAGCAAACUGUAAUGAGGGACCAACUCAAGAAGCAGCAGCUGGAGCUGGAGGCUAUGAGAGUCAAGUAUCUUAGAGCUGAAGAGCAGCAAUCCUUACAACAACAGCUCCAACAGAUUAAAGAUGAGACACAAAGAUUGCAUGCUCAAGCAUUAUCAAAGACACCUGUACCAGGAUCCCCUCGCCAUACUCCUACCCGACAAACCACCCCCAUACUCACCUCACCACGUCUCCAAACCAUCGACGCUAACAUUGCCAGAUGGAUUGAAGAGAGGAACAUCCUUCUACAGACUGGAGUGUACACUCAUGCUGACCCAACCAUACAAAAACUGGACAAGAAGAUACAGGAAGCAUUAUUAGAGAAGAGAUCAACUUAUAAUUCUAGUUCUUAACACCUUUUCAGGCACAUGAGACUCUAACCCACACAGCCCCUUGUCUAUAUUUUCUGUAUCAUCACACAAUGUACUGCUAUUAGAAUUAGCUCUAGAGUUCUUACUUAUCUUUUACCCAUUUUACCACCCAAAGAAAUUUAAAAAAAUAAUUAA